UGGUGCAAUACCAUUUAUAUAGAGGCGACGCAACACUGUCUAGAUAACACCACGUCUGGUGAGGUUGUUGUCAACUACGACUAAAGCGUUCAGUGAAUUGCGUUUCUUCAAAAGUUAUUUUUAACAACUUCGGAACCGAGAAUUGUUUAUUGGAAAUGGAUUACGCCAUGAAGUCCCUCGGUCUGUUGUCUCCAGCUUCCCUCUCAAAAUACGUAACGGCCAGCAUGUCCGCCAGUGCGUCCAUGACCCAGCAGCUCCUGGCAGCGAAACCCCCUCCGCACAAGCCCUUCCGGGUCACUAGUGCAGACCGUAGCCUGAAGAAGGGCAUCAUGGCCAAUGAACUUCGAGACCUGAUCUGUAAGGUCAUGGACUCGCUGGGGGUGUCCUGUGUCAGUGGACUUGUGCUGGAUGAAGACGGCACCGGCGUGGAUACUGAGGAGUUUUUCCAGACCCUGCCGGAAAAUUCAGUCCUCAUGGUUCUGGAGAAGGGACAAAGUUGGGCUCCAACUCCGUCAAGGCUUUACAUCGACACCAGUGACCAGCCCAGGAAAGAUGUGGCCAAGAUCACCUUUGACCUCUACAAAAACAACCCCAAAGACUUCAUUGGGUGCCUGAGCGUGAAGGCGACCCUGUACGGUGUUUACUCCGUGACCUACGACCUGCGGUGCCACGCUGCCAAAAGGAUGCUCAAGGAGGCCCUGCGCUGGACCCUGUUCUCCAUGCAGGCCACAGGCCACGUCCUGCUGGGCUCCUCCUUCUACAUGGAGCAGCUCCUGGAGGAGGACGAGCACGCUGAGAGGAGGCUGCUGGCCCUUCCGCAGGCGAGCAGGGUCAGGCACCUGCAGGGCCUGCUGCUGGGCAAGGCCCUCUAAAGAGAGGGGGGGGGGGGGGGGGGAGAGAGAGAGGAGAAGGAGGGGGGGAGAGAGAGAGAGAGAGAGAGAGAGAGAGAGAGAGAGAGAGAGAGAGAGAGAGAGAGAGAGAGAGAGAGAGAGAGAGAGAGAGAGAGAGAGAGAGAGAGAGAGAGAGAGAGAGAGAGAGAGAGGGAGGGAGGGGGGGAGAGAGAGAGAGAGAGAGAGAGAGUGAAAGAGAGGGAGAAACCCACACACAUAAGCUGCUCUGAGGAGUUACUGCUGGCAACAUGGCCGACCCACUUGACUAAAAGGCAUCAGCCAUGUCCUUUCUGCAGACUUUGAGAGCUGGAAUUUCUGUUUCAAGCCAACGCCACCAACGCAAUGUUCCCUUGAUGGACUUUCAAUUAAGUUGUGACGUUAUAGCGCUUUUGUUAUUGUAAACGUGAAUAAAUAAAUUACACUACA